GCCUUGCAUUCUGUCUAUCUACGUCUAGACAAGACUAAAAAGAAUUUCUAAGGAGCAAAACACCACCCUCUUUCGAGGGUGUAGCCACCCCGGAUGGGGUUUCUCUAUGUCUCGCCCGCCCGCGGUAGUUUUCAAUUCCGUCAUCUUAACCGGCCACUCUCAGCCUCACGCACCAACUACAUACGCCGCCCGAAGUCAACUCGACUUUUUAACACAAGGGUGGGUCGAAUCGAGAAUCGAACUCAAGACCCAGCCAGGUGAGGUUGUCGACGGUAGUGAAACGCUACCUCGCGAGGUAUAAUGCCUGGGAACCGGCCGCGGGCUUACACAC